AUGAUUCAGCCGAUGUUACAGCCAAUGGUAUUUUAUGGUUUUGUUUUUCUUAGUUUUUGUUUCUUUCACCCAGCAGAACCAUUGCAGAGCCAGAUAGGAAGGUGGAGAGUUUCUUGUCGUAUCGAGCGAGGUGUUACUGAACGACAACUAUCACUAGACAAUACACUACUUCCGACACCUGGGCCAGCAGACGACGAAGAGCAAACGACUUUGAAUCGUUGGGAACAAAUGUACUUCGAAGCUGGACAAGCAGAAAAAGGAGACCUGAUAGACCAAAACAAAAUGAUACGAAGUGCUGUACGAGUUGUCACUUUUGAUCUUGACAACACUUUGUGGAAAACGAAGCAAUGCAUUGGUGCAGCAAAUGAUGCCCUCGCGUCCUAUCUAGACAAACACAACGUCCAACAACCAAAACGUAUCGAGGAAAUAAUGAGAGAACUUUUCCAGGCUAACAAAAAGGUAUAUGCACCACGGACUGAAAACGCAACAGCUCCAGUGUUGUUGACACAACUCCGGAAAGACGCUUUGAAGGAGGUAUUGAUGACUUCGAAUGAAUAUACCGAAGAAGAGGCUGAAACAUUCGCAAACAAAGCCUUCGAGCGCUGGACUGCUGCAAGACACGAAGCAAUACCACUUCACUUUGCCAGUGACGUUCUGGGAUGCUUGCAACGAAUAUCAUCAAUUCGGUCAAACGAUGGCACACCUUUGUUGAUUGGUGCAAUAACAGAUGGAAACUCAGAUCCUCGCAAUGUGGAUGAAUUGAAAGACUACUUUGAUUUUUGUGUAAAUGCAGAGUCCGUUGGUGUUUCUAAACCAGAUAGACGGGUAUUCCUAGACGCUGUUCGGUAUGUCGUGUCACAUCCAGAUUUUCAGGAUCUGGGGAGGACAGCCUCCGACAAUGAAGAUGAUCUUGAAGAUGUCGUAGGCCCAUAUUGGGUCCACAUUGGCGAUGAUUUUUCGAAAGAUAUUGUAGCAGCAAAGAGCAUGAGAAUGAGGUCAAUAUGGGCGCAAGAAUUGAUUCGAGACAAGCUACCCAAAACAAGCAUCGAACAAGAUGAAGGUAGGAGCCUGAACUUGGAAGACUUUGUACGUAAAGUUUCGGAAAAAGAAGUUAUCGAAAUGUCAAUUGGAGCAGAUAAUUAUCUCGCCGAUGCUAUGACACAAGAGUUUGCAGACUCUGUCGCUACAACUUUCUCUGGGGUGAGCGAGAUACUGUCAUCUUGGCAUCGGGAAGCUUUGGCAGACGAGAAAAAAAUGGAUGCAGCGUUGGAAGUAAUUAUGCCCGACACCUCUAUCAGUCCCAGCGUAGAGAACCCAAUUCCAUUUGGCGAUUCUGACUUUAUUGUGUCUGCAACGGUGUCUCGUACUUUUCGGCUGACUCGAAAUGAUUGUUCCAUGGAUGUUCCAGCACCUUUCAAGAACAGGGAAGAGCAAACGAUGAAGGAUAUAAUGGCAAUGGCUCAACUCAAUAAAGCCUCUGGAGUUUUUUCAUUCCCUCCAGAUGAGGUCGAGUUAUUGACCCAAGGGAAGAGGACCCUGAUGGUAGAGAUAGCAACAACAGGAAUCAAAUUCUCACGUGAAAUCUUUGCAGAUGCAUUUGACUCUCCUUCUUUCGAUUUGUUCUGA